AUGGCUACGUACUUUCUCACAGGCGCAAACCGCGGCAUUGGUCUCGAGUUUGUAAGACAACUUGCCGCCAAACCCACCAACACCAUCAUCGCCGGCGUGCGCUCCAAGUCGGCGGAUCUCAGCGACCUGCACGCCCUCAACACGCACAACAACGUGCACAUUGUCGAGUGCGACGUGUCGUCGCUCGAGUCGCUCGCCGGAAUCGAGUUUCGCGUUGCCGAGAUCCUCAGCAAGACAGGCAGUAACCUGGAUUUUCUGUUCAAUGUCGCGGGCAUCAAUGCGACGAGCAGCGAUACGAGCCUCACGCUGGACCCCAAGAGCAUCAGCGCACACAUGCAGACUAACGUCGUGGGGCCCGCGAAAAUCGUGCAGAGCCUUAAACGCUAUCUGGCGCGCAAUGCUACCGUGCUGAACAUGACGUCGGGCCUGGGCAGUCUCGCCGUCGCCACAGACAUGACAAAGUGCUGCUCAUACAGCAUGUCCAAGGCCGCGCUGAACAUGCUGACGGUGCACCAAAGCAAGGAUCUAAAGGGCAACGGAGUAAAAGUCAUUUGCAUGGAUCCCGGGUGGGUCAAGACACGGAUGGGGGGUGAGGGUGCGUUGAUCGAGGCUCAGCGCAGUGUCAAGAAGAUGCUGCGUGUGGUCGAGGGCUUGAAGGAGGCCGAUAGCGGCAAGUUUUACCGAUAUGAUGGCGAGAUUGUGCCGUGGUGA